AUGCAGUGUGCGCUCGACGCCAUUCUUGACCUGGAUCCAUUGAGAAGGGUUCUUUUCGUCGCGGCGACCGGUAUCUCGCUGUAUACGCUCUUCGAUUUCGGAUACACGCUCAUCAGUGCUGUUGCUCUUACCAUCAUGCAUGGUGUAGCUGCACCUUCGUCUUCCUCAUCUCAACCUGGGCGGGUCAAGUCAGGAUCCAAGGCAAAAGGCGGAGAUAGGCUGAAGCAGCUUCGGUCGACCAAGCAGGGCGGAAAAGAGUCGGAAGGAACAGAAACAGAGACCGAUGACGAGUCAUCUGCUGCCUACCAGGCUCGCACCUUCCAACACCAGCAGCUUUCGCUCCGCAACAUCGACUUUUUCCCAUUGCUCAACCCAGCUGGCCUCACUCAGGCAACAACAGUGCAUCGAUUCUGGAGCUACGCUUGGCACCGAUUGUUAGGUCGUCCCUUCGGCGUCUAUGGUAUUCUUCCGUUCACUUACGUCGCCUACCUCCUGCAAGACCUGUGGCAAGGCAAGUGGAACGAUCCUAAGUGCAGACAAGUAAGACGAUAA